AUGGUUCCUUUGAAUAACCAUCAGCUCACUCCUGCUGACCGGUUUCUAGUUCUUGCCACCGACGGUCUCUGGGACUCGAUUUCUCCGGCUCAAGCUGCCAGAACCCUCUCCCGCCUCCUAUCCUCUUCCCCAUCCUCUUCUACUAGAUUAUCGGACGUCAACGCCUCUCCUGGAAAUCCAAUUGAUUGUCCAGCCACUCGGCUGCUACGUCGAGCACUUACGAGCAUGCCAGCCCCCCUAGCAAAGGCAAUUGCUACUAAACGGCACCGGAUUGGGAAGACGGACUCCAUCCUCAGUAUUCAAAAUGUGCAGGAUUCGACGGAGAUGGAAGAAGGUGAAGAGGACGACGACGAGGAGGCAUUGAAACGAGCGUCUGCUCUGCUAUCACUUCCGGCUGGAGUGGCUAGAUUCUAUCGCGAUGACAUUACUGUGCUUGUUCUGGAGCUGGAGCUUGAAAAGGUUGCCGGACAGUCAUUUUCAUAA